CAUGAUUAUUUAUUGACAAGAUUUUUGUGUGUUUUGGAGUAAUGUGAAAACUCGGAUAUACCUUGCGAAAAGGGUAUCUUUUAUGUUGAAGAUUUGUGCUACUUUUACGAGACAAAAUCGUGUGUAAUAAAAUGUGCAUGUGAGCUGAUGCAACGUUUGUUAGUUGGUGAAUCUUUACUGUUUCUGGUAGUGAUAUGAAAUAAAUAAAUGAAUUUGCCAAUGAAAUGAACUUACUCGACUCUGUGUGUGUGUGUGUGUUUUUUUCCAUGAUUGUUUUAUCAAUCGCCACAGAUCGUUGUGUCUUCGACAUGUAGGAUAAUAGUGUUACAACAUGGAAGAAGGAAAAGAUACUGCAAAUAAAGAAAGAAAAGAUGCUGCAAAUAAAGAAGGAAGAGAUACUGCUAAUAAAGAAAGAGAAAAGAGACGUCAUACACUGGAUCAAAAGAGCCAUACUUUUUUAUUUAUUAAAAGUAUUUUAGAUCCAGGUGGAAGACGUGAGCAGAAGAAAUCAGUUCCAGCUGCAGAUAACACAAAAGUUUCUUCAGAAGACACCCGUGGUAAUAGCUAUGCAACAGUGGGGAGUUCUAAAGAAGAUGUCCCUCAUUCUGAUAGGCCUAGAAACUGGAGUGACACUGGUAAAUCUGGUUUAAUUACAAUAAAAAAUGAAACGAGCUUACAAGAAAGCAACUCAUCUAUGGAACUAAAUAGACGUGUUCUUUAUUCUGAGACAAAUCAUAGUACCACAGAUUUGCCUAGAAAUUUAAAUAGAGCUGAUAGGUCUGAUGUAAUAGCUACAAAAAAUGAACCUAAUUUAUUAGAAAACUGCUCAUCUAAUGAAAUAAAGAGGCAUGAUGGUUUUCAUAAGCAAGUCACUGAGAGAGGUGAACAAACUAAAACUGUUCAUGGGAAUGAAUUCAAUAGAAAAAGUUUUAAGGAUAAAUAUUCAAUGGAACAAAAAGUAAAAAACGUGUGCCUAGGCCGAUCUAAAAGUUUUGUGGAUGAAAAAGAAAAUAGUCAUUAUAGAACUCCAGAUUUCAACAGAUCAAAUAGUUCUAACCAAAAAAAUCCAUCUUACAGUCAUUCCUCCUCUGUAAGGUCAACUGAAAAUAAAUUAGUUAAAAAUUAUCAUUGUAGUGAUGCUUCUAAAUUGAAUGACUUUCAUUCUAAACGUAUGCACAAAAAUAACCCAAAGAGAGAUAGUUCUGAACAAUUUAAAAAUUCACAAGAUUGUCAGUCUGUCCAAAAAAACACUGAGAGAUUUAAGGAAUUUAAUGCUAGGAAUCGAAAUUUCUUUAGAUCUAAGAGUGAAGGACCAGAUUUUUCGACAAAGGAAUCUGCUUUUCAAGAAUGUCUAAGUGUAAGUAAAAAUUCUGGAAAUGUCUCUGCUCCUAGAAAAUCUUGUCAUCAUAAUGAAGAACCUGAUGAAUCCAUAUUAUUUUCAUCUGUAAACAGUGAAUCAAACUCUGAAAUUAAUAAUGAGUUUAAAUUCAAAAAUUGUCAUUCAAAAAGUGUGAGCUAUAAUAUGUCGAGAAGUAAGGCUGAUGAAACAUUUGAUUAUAAUUUUAGAAUUAAACCUGAUGGUCUUAAAACUCCAAAAAGAAAUAUAAAAAAGGAAAACAAUAAAAUUGUUGUUUCUGUUUCAACUAACAGUCCUUUCAUUAGUGAAGAGGUCAAGGUUAGUGAUGAAGGUGAUUUUUCUAAUUACCUUAAAGAAAAAGAUACGUCUACUGCUAAUGUGCUUGAAAAUUCAGAUAAACCCCAGGAAAUAGAUUUUAAUGACUGUCCAGAAGAUAUAUCACAAUCAAAAGAUGAGUUUUUUCAGCCUGAUAAUUCUUUUAGCAUUCCACCACCACAUCCUCGGAAUAAUGGGGACAAUUGUUGUUCUCCAGGGCAAACUAGUGGCUACAUUUCAAUUGGCGAAUUAGAAACACUUGAAGGUGAAGUUCAUUGUAGCCCUGAAAGAAUAAAUGAAAUCACUUCGUAUUUAAAAGAAAUUCAAGCGGAACAAUCUAAAUCAUUUGAAAUGGCAGGACAAGUGCUUAAGGAUAUUAAUAAAGUUGUAAGAUAUCAUUUUCGAGGGGAUAAUGUCAUUAUUUAUGGCUCUUAUUUAAGCAAUCUUGCAACAAUAUCAUCCAACAUCAAUUUGGCAAUCCAAACUAACCAACCUCCUAAAAAUACCUACCUUGCGGAACUGAGAAAAUUUAUGCACCAAAAAAUGGAAGACACAAGAUAUGAGGACAGCCAAUAUUAUGUUGAUCCUUUUGAACCUGAUCCUAAUCCUAAAAAAUCUAAAAUUUAUUUUUCGGAUUCUGAAUUUGGAAUACAAUGUGAACUAGUAUAUGAACGGAGUAAAGUUAGAAACUAUAGAGAACUGAAUUUUGUACUGAGAAAUUUGUGUUUGCUUGAUAAAAGAGUCAAGACUAUCAUAAUUGCUGCCCGUGUUUUUGCUGAAGAGAGUGCUUUGCAUGAUGCAAAAUAUGGAAGAUUACAUGUUGUGUGCUUUGCUCUUAUGGUAGUAUAUUUUCUGCAACAGCUAGAACCUCCAGUGCUACCUAUUGUUGAUAUAACCUGUAAAAAUAUGGAAAUAAAACAUAAGAAUUCAGCUAGCCUUGGUGAACUUUGGUUAGAAUUUCUCAAAUUUUACAGUCAAACAUUUGACUGGGAAAAAGAUGUUAUAUGCAUCACAUCAGCAUCAAAAGUUACCAAAAAAGAAAAAAACUGGAGGAAUCAUCUUAUUGCUAUCGAAGAUCCAUUUACUGGGAAGAACAUUGCUGAGUCGGUUCAAUCAUCUGAAGUUGCUGAACAUGUGCAAUAUUGUUUUAAGAAUUUUUAUGAGAAUUCUUUGGCACCUGCAAGUGAUGCUGAUUCAGACUCUUCAGAAAAUGAAACUGAAAUGAAAGCAUUGUCAACCAAAUAUUCUUUUGAUUUGUGCAAGCAGCUAAAGAUACGGCUUGAAGUGGAUAACCUACCAUCAUGUGCAGAUUGCAUUGAGCUUGGAGGUCCUUGUGGUGCUUGCUAUAAAUUAAUUCCAGUGAUUGACAAAAUACCAGAAAUAGAUCAAAACUCUUUAAAAUAUGUCAGAAGCGUUCUGGACGAUGUGGUUGGAAAAAAUGUAUUAUCCGAAGGAAACAUUAAAGGUAGAAAAGCUUUUGUUAGUGUUCUUGAGAAAUUUAUCCAAAAGAAAUUUAAAUUAGCAAAUUUGUCACUUUAUGGUUCUUCGGUGAAUGGUUUUGGCUUCACAAGCAGUGACUUGGACAUAUGUAUGUCAUUUAGAGAAGAAAUGCGUAUAAAGCCUGCACAAAUAUUGAGAGGUGUGGCUAAUUUUUUGAGAAGAGACAAUACAUAUGAAAAUGUGAUUGGGAUUUAUUUUGCUAAAAUUCCUCUCAUAAAAUUUUCUUCCAUUGCAAGUUUAGGCUGGAAAUGUGAGAUUAGCUUAUCAAAUGCUCUGGCUGUACACAAUUCCAGACUUCUAAAUACUUAUGCAGAAUUUGAUAAACGUUGCAAAAUACUUGGCUGUGCGUUAAAGCUUCUUGCUAAGAAAUCUGGAAUUGCAGAUUGUGUGACAAAAACAUUGUCAUCCUACUCUUAUAUAAUCAUGACUAUUCAUUAUCUUCAGCAAAUAAAUCCUCCAGUUUUGCCUGUUUUUCCAAUUCUUCAUAAAGAGGAAUUUGAAGAUAAUGUUAUUUUGCCAGAGAAGGUGAUAAAACAUAAUCAUUGGUUGAGUGAAAAUAUUUUUGAACUGCGAGAGAGAUAUGAAUAUGCCUGCCAUAACGAAACUGAUAUUGCUGAACUGUGGUUGGGUCUUUUGGAUUUUUAUCUGCAGUAUGAUCUGAGUAACGCAAUUACAAUAAUCCAAAAGGAACCUUUAUCUGCUUCUACACUUGAACGAUAUGCUCGAUUGUUUAAUAUCCAAGAUCCCUUUCUUCAUGACAAGAACUUGGGAGGGGCUGUCUCAAAUGAAAAGGCACAUGAAAUAAUGAGAAUUUUCCAUGGAGCAAGAGUACUAUUUGGUAAAGAAAAGCCAAAAUCUGUCACUAACUUGAAGAGCCAUUACUUUUCUACAAUGAACCUCACUGGUAAAUACAUCAAAGAUUUAGAUUGUUCAUUAUGUGGAGCUUAUGGACAUGAUAUAAGUAAAUGUAAAAAGUCAAAUCAACAACAAUCACGUGGAAAAUUUUAUUUCAGUCAUAGAAAUAAAGUGUAAAUUAUAUAAAUGAUAUGAACUGUAACUAAUGGCAAAAAGUUUCAUUUAUUUCUUUUUUUUUUUUUCAAAUGAAGCCUUUUAUGUAAAAACUGUACAUAUGUUUAAAAAUUUAAUAGCAUGUUAUCGAAUUUUAUUAUACAUUUCUUUUUGUAUGCUUAUUUUUUAAUCACAUUUCUAAGUAAAAUAUCUUUUGUAUAUAAACAUAGUUGAAUUACUUUUAGAAAAACUAGUCAAAAAUUUUAUAAUUUGAUAUAAUUUAUUUUUAAAUUUAGCUUUCUUAACAUAAAUCCAACAUUUAUGUUUUUCUCGCUUCAAUUUUUUAAUUGUAUGUCGACCAAUGAUAUCUAUCUUUAACUUCUAUAUACUGUUGAAGUAACACUGAUUGUAUAGUAAAUAUCACCUUAAAAUUGAUACAAAACAGUUUCAGGUCUUAACUGUUAAACAUUUCUUCUUCAAGUUUCAAGACAUUACCUAUUUCUUUGUUCAUAUUUGUUUCUGUUCUGAAAGUUGUUUGUAAAAAAAUGUACUUUAUGAUUCAUGAGUAACUUUAAUAUUAAAUAUUUAUAAAAUUGUGAAAAUGACAGAAAAGACUAUGUUUCUUUUCAAAUUUUGAACUUCUGAAAUUCACAAUUCUAGAUAAUUUGUGAUAUUUUAUUAUUGUUAUGAAAAAAUUGUGUUAAUCUCAAAUUUUUUUUAGAAAUUAAAAUUUUAAAGUAAUGUAAUUUUGUUACCUCUAUUUUUCUAGUGUUAAUAUAUUCAACGUAAAAAAUUCUUCCAUUAAAAUAUAAUAUCAAGUUAUAUAAUAUAUUUACAGGUAAUAUUAUUUGAUUUCUAAUAUAAUUGUUUUUUAACUCUUUUAGAUAUAUUUUUAUUUUUGAAAUUUAAAAAAAAAUGCAUAAAAAGAAAGUAUUUUGGUUAAUGCAUAAAUCAAUUUAAGUAAUCAAUUUAGGUGAUUUUUUAACACUAUAAUUCAGUGAAACAUCAAAAUGCAACAAUUAUUGAAUAAAUAAAUACUUGAGAGAAAAAACAGUUUAAUGUAUAGAGAAGUGAUCAUACCUGAAAAGAGUUUGCAAUUGACCAUCAAGUAGCUAUUGCUAAAACAUGAGUAAACUAUUCUGCUACUUUUAUUUGCUAAGAUAGAUUAUUAUUGGUUCCUCUGCUUCUGAUAUUUCACCACCUUUUUACAAAACAUUUUAAUGACAUUUCUGUUUAUAACUUGAUUAGAUUGCAUUUUUUACAAGAUUUAAAACUUUUAUUUCAUUAACAAAAAUUAUUUAAAUUUGGCUCUCUGCAUAUGUUUUGAAAUCUUUUUUAAAUAUUAUGAGCAUAAUAGUAAAAGCUUAUUCAUAUUUUUCACGCCAAUGAGUUAAUGUAAUAUAAUGUGUGAUGAAUAUUUCAAAUAUGUGAAUCCUUUAAUUCAAUAUUUAUUUUCUUUAUUAUUUAUACUUACCAAUUUUCUGUUUUUUUUAAUUGUGUAUCUAAAAAUAGAUAUUUUAAAAUACUUCUUUAAUUGCACUCACAUCUAAAGAUUUAUUCAAUAUCUGUUAAUAACAAUGUAUUUAAACAUAAGACUUUUGUAUAAACAUUUAUAAAUACAAUACUUACACAUUUUUACUUUUUUGUUUAUGUGAAUAUUGUUUUCUUAAAGUUUGAAAAUAAUUAUGGUUGUUAAAUGUCAAAAUUUAAACAAUUACUAAAAAUGAAAUUUCAAAAUUACAUGAAAUCUUAAAAUGUAUAUAUUAUAAACAAUAUAUUUAAUUUGCUCCCAAAAUUCUUAAAAUAAUUAUAGUGAAAAUUUAUUUUUUAAUUAUAUUGAUUAACUAUAAAUUUUGUACGAUAUUGAGUUCUUAUUUUAUAAAUUAAAUGUAUUAGCAUGUAUACAUGCAUUUAUUAAAAUUUACCAUACAUUGACUUAAUAUUACUCUUUAUUGUGUAUCUACUCUAAUUUAGUAUAGGACGACUUAAUUAAAAGUAUUUGAAUUUUUUUAUUUAUUUUAAAAUAAGAUAAGCUUCAUUUAACAAAUUUAUUUUUAAGCACUUUGUAAAACAUGAUUAUUAAAAUACAAUUAUAUUAAUAAUAGUUGUGUUUUUAUUGCUACAAUUCUUUAGCAACACCUUUUUCUUGUUUAAUUUUUAUCAGCCUAUUUAUACAUUGAGUUUUUAUUGUCCACAAGCAGCAAAAACAAUAUAAUUUAAACUCAGUACUUUACAAUAACUCAUUGGAUUAACCAAUGAGCCAUAGCCGCUCUUAGCCAUUACUGCAAAAGUUAUGCCAAUUUGACAUUUUAAACUCUAACAAUGAUCCUACUGAAAUAAUAAAAAUAAAUCUGUAUGUCUUAAUUAAUGGGGAGAAGGGAGUUGUAUUUAUACUGCUAUGAAAAAUAUUGACCCAAAUUCGAUCAUCCUGUUGCCAGAUUUUCAAAUUUUUGCAGCAGUUUUUUUAAUUUUUAAAAGAACAAGUAUAUUCAAUGCUCUUUUUCAUGCAAAAUUUCAGUUUUUUUUUUCUCCAAUACUUUUUUUAAUGCUUCCUGUUUGAGUUUUGCCCUCUCUGAUAUUUCCGUCCAAUUUAAUUCAUUUGCAUGCUCAGUGGAUCUCAUUAUAGGCUAUUUUUUCCUUGUUUUGAGACUUCUUUUUAUCAAUUUUGCCAAAUAAAUACAUAAUCUAGUAUUUUUCCUUUAAGAUAACUGUUUACUUGCUGAUUUUAUUGUUAGAAAAUGAAAAUCAAUUCCGUCAAACGAAUUUUUAUCGCAAUUUUUUAUUUUGGUUAUAGUAUAAAAAUAAAUACUGUUUGUAAUUUUCAAUUAUGCAUUUUAAUAUUCAUUAAAAGUUCGACUAAAUAUUAUAAUUUUAAAUUGUACAAAAUAUUAAAUGUUUUUUAUUGUAUUAAACUUUUUUCUUACUUAACAUUCACUGUAAAUGUAGACAGACAAUAAAAAUAAACCAUAUAAAAUAAACAAAUCUAAAUAU